UUUUAAUGUGUUGAUUUUUAUUUACCUGCAUCACUUCUGGUGUUAACAGUUGUUGCAACUUUUACUUUGUCUGAAACGUCUUGUAAUCUCUGGAGUUUUUCAGCCAAACUUAUCUUAAGGUACUUUCUGCAUCUUUACCAGGAGUACCAAUAGUUGUGCAUCGGUGUUGCAAAUCCUCAGUCGGCCCGUCCUGCUCUGCUCUCAGCUAGGAGAGCUGUUCCUUCCGCUCCACACAUCACAGGCGCCUCUGUUCUCUUGCUGUGUCAUGCUGGCAGGUUUAUCUGAAAAGCCCGCUGGAACCUACCAUCCCAUCCAUGCACGGAGCGUGCAGAGAACACGGUGAGCUGGGGGGCAGGGGGCUCGGGGUUCGGCUUGAACUCUUCAUUUGUUUGCGACCAGAGGAAGAGAGGGACGCUCUGUGUUUCUACCGUCGGGGACACACCCUGCCUGCCCUAGAGCGGUGCAGUGUGAUGAGAGGCUGAGAGAGACCAUGAUAGGCGGCUGCAGCCUUGUAGAGAAGAGAGGGAGGGAUGGGAAUGCUGAAUCAGUGAAACUACAGAAAAGGUCCAGGAGAGGGUGAACGAGUGGGUAAAUGGCAGGGAGAGAAAGGUAACAGGAGGGGUAGGUGGCAAAAGAUGAGCUGCAUGAGUCCUUUUCACUCAUUUAAUCAAUAAUCUAUCGAGUUCACCACUAUUUCGGCCAUGUCUGUGUUUUUCAAAGAAACUUUAAGCUGAAGUAAAUCCCAGUGGUGACUUUUGUUUACUUUGGCUUAAAGGCGACAUUUUGCGUUUACAGUUAACAUCAGCCCUGAGAAACAAGGUAAGAUUUCACAAAUCUAUAUUUUUCUGUUUUGUUUUGCACUGAUUGUCCAACCCCAGUGUCAUAUUGGCUGCUUUUUUUUUGUUUUGGUUUUUUUUCGCAUCGAUGCACACUGAAUAAAACAUGAGAACAUAAGCGCCACCCUUCGAUCUCUUAUUUUAACUCUGGUUUCCUCUGUCAGAUGCAGGUAGAUGAGCCGGUGCUUUUGCCGAGGUUGUCCCGUGUCGCAGUUUGUGGCGGCACGCAUGGCAACGAGCUCUCAGGAGUGUACUUGGUGCGAGAGAUGCUGAAGACGGAGAAAAGGAAGGAGGACGGGGAGCCCGCGUCAGUGCUGAUGGUGCUGUCCAACCCUCGGGCCAUGCAGCAGUGCAGCAGAUACGUUGACACUGACCUGAACCGCUGCUUCACCCACGCAACCCUCAAUGGCCCCGUAUCAGAGGGGGCCCCCUAUGAGAUCUUCCGGGCCCGUGAACUGAAUGCCCUGCUGGGUCCCAAAGGCAGCCGGGCGGCAGUGGAUCUCAUCUGUGACCUCCACAACACCACCGCCAACAUGGGCCUGAGCUUCAUCGCUUAUUCUGACUGUGACUGGAUCUGUCUUCACAUAUUCAGAUACUUGCAGAAGCAGAUGCCGGAUACGCCAAUGAGAUUCAUCCAUUUUGAUGUCUCCACUAAAGAGUCAUAUUCCCUUGAUUCCAUUGGAAAACACGGCUUUGCCAUGGAGAUUGGUCCUCAGCCUCAUGGGUGUGUCAAGUCAAACAUUUACACAGCAAUGAAAGAAGGCGUGCAGCACAUGCAGGAUUGGGUCCGCUGUUUUAACUCAGGUUGUGUGUUUGAUGGAGGACCAGUCGACGUGUUCACCAUGGUUAAAAACUUAGAUUAUCCCAGAGACGGCGAGACUCGCAGCAUUACGGCAGCCAUCCAUCCACGCCUGCAGGACCGAGACUUUUGCCUGCUCCACCCUGGAGAGCCCCUCUUCCAGGCGUUCUCAGGAGAAACGAUAAAAUACAAGGGCAACGAACCGCUCUACGCUUUCUUCAUCAACGAAUGCGCUUACUACGAGAAGGGCAUCGCUCUGUCCCUGGCCAGAAAGAAGCGUGUGACCGUCCCUUCUAUCCGUGUGCAAACGGAUGAGGAAGAACGAGCGAGUGAGCAGAGUUUUGCUUCAGAGGAAGAGGAGUGAAGACUUUCUUCAGAUGAGACUCGUGUGAAAUGAUUUUUAGCAACA